AUGUCCCUUGAACAGUCUGUAUUGCCCAAUCCUACGCUGCCGGAGAGUUCCAUCAGUCCAUGCCGAUCGAGAAAUGGCUGCCAGCAGUGCCGCCAGCGCAAGAGAAAAUGCGACGAGCAGCAUCCGCGUUGCCUGGCCUGUAUCGAGAGAGAUCUCCCCUGUAACUGGCAGCGGAACCCGAGUCGAAGACGUCAACUCGCUCGCCGCUCCCACAACUUCAACAAGGACUUCACACUUCCCCAGGAGAUGCAGCCUUUGGUAACAGUGUUUGCCAUACCAUCAACUCCCAUCCAGGAGCGACUUUUGUCUUACUUUAACACCAACGGUCCUCUAUGGCUGACGUCCGGCGGCAAUGUCGAAGCCUCCUCCGGUGUCAUCAUCCCGGUCGCCCUUCAAAGUCCGCUGGUUAUGAAUUGUCUCUUGACGGUAGCCGCAGGCGACUUGGCUAAAUACCAACCAGCAAAUACUGAAAUGAACAGCCUGGCGUGCGGAUUCUACGGGCAGGCCAUAGCAGGCAUCCAUUCCGCGCUCAAAAAUAAAAUCUCGUCUACAUUGCAACCGGGCUUAACCUCGCCAGGAAAGUCGAGCUCAUAUUCCGGUAGCAAUAGUCAUCAUUCUUCCAACAAUCCCGGCCCACAUCCAAGUGCCCAGUUAGGAGACGAGCUGCUUCUAGCUGUUAUUCUCCUCUGCGUACACGAAGCAGUGAAUUUCUCUACGAUUAGUCGAAUCUUCCCCCAUCUGGUCGCUGCUGUCACUCUAUGUAACGGCCAAUCCUUCGCCAGCGACACACUAAAUACCGAACUAAGGGGCUUAUUCUUCGAAGUCCUUUGUUACUUACUCACACUGACCUCCUUCUCUCACGGCCAUAGCCUCCCACUGCAUCUAAUUACCCCCCGAGUCUUUACUACAUUAUUCUCCGCGCCUGAGGGCUACAAAGGUGUUUUGCUUGGGAAUCAAUGCCGCGAAAUCUUCUCGCUUAUCCUUCGAGUCUCGAUGCUACAAAGACGCUUAAUCUCACCUUUCGAUCUUGAUGAGACGAACGUUACGGAGCUUAGAGACCUGAAAUCUCAACUUGAGCGAGGAUAUACUACUAAUAUCAAAACUGAAGAAACAGCAGCUUCCAACGACAUGGCAGUUUCAGAGCUUUAUCGAAUUGCCUGCCUGAUAUACGUCGAGAAGAUGCUUAACGCCGAACUUGAGGACAGCUCAGAGGCUAUACAAAACGAAAUAGCGCUCUUUAUAUCAACUCUCAAUUCUGUACCGCCAUCAUCACCGGCGAACAACAUCCUGACCUGGCCCUUGUUCGUGGCUGGCAUGUCAGCUAUUGUUCCUUCACAUCGCCGGCUUAUCAUAGGACGAUUAAAGAGAAACUACGAGUCCUGGUGGAGAUCUGAUAUUUUGAGUAAAAGCGCGGAUUUGUUAUCGCAGAAAUGGAAACAGGACGAUAGCAUGGAGGAUGGCACAAUCUCGCGGCGCAUAGGAACUAUAGCUACGCAAUGGCCGGGAGUUGGGAACCAUAUGGCUGACUUCCCGGUGGCCUUGUUAUAA